UUUCUAUGGUAUAUACAUACAUAUAUUUUUUUACUUCUUAACUUCUGAAAUUCUUUUAUAUUCUUCAACUGUUUUAAAAUGUAAAUCACAUUACAAAGAAGCUACUGAAAAAUAGUCAAGAAGAGUCACUUAUAUCUUUAUUGCAAUUGCAUUACAAACCAAUAUUAGAAAGCACAUUUAUAGAGGUGAAAAAUCAACGUUAUUUAAGAAUCAAAUUUCAGUGUCAUGUAUUUAGGUAGUUGCACCACAAACAAGGGACAAGAUAGACUUAACAUUUUAUAGUAUUUCGUGUUCCAUGGUCUGAAAUACCGAUUGUGUAAAAAGAGCAGACGUUUUGUUUUGCCCUCUAUACUUAGAGAACGGUGAACAGAAGAACUACAUUAUAGACUUAAGUCUGUAAGUAUUGAGAUUACUCUGUGUCAUCACAUAGGUCAUAGGUAUUUGAAAAGGUGGCGUUAUUUUUUUAAUAACCCCAAAUAAGUAAUGUAGCCUACACGUGAUAUGGAACACUGAACUUUUAUUUUCAAAAGUAGUACGAUAUAUUUUACACAAGACUACUUGUAUAAUAUAAAUGUAAAAAUAUGUAUACGUUUGAAAAACGAACUAAUAAUAUACACUUAAGUUAAUACAUCGUGACUGUUAAUAUUGUUUAAUCAAAUAUCUAAUAACUGUAUGUGUUACAAUGAGUAAAAGAAAAUUUGAAAAUGAGAAUGGGAAUAAGAAAGAUAGUGGUGAUUCUCUUUCAGAAAUUACUGAAACCAAACGUGUUUUAUCUCGUUUUAAAUCGGAUACUGGUGAAAUACUACCAGGUGGUUUAUUAGAUUUACCUGUAAAUAUUUCUAUUGACAAAUUGCAAGCAAUCUGCAAUGCUCUUUUGAAUAAUGAAGAGCCAGUACCUUUUGCAUUUUAUGUGAAUGAUGUAGAAAUUACAGAAAGUUUAGAAAAAAACCUUAAUGAAAAUUAUAAUAUUAGUGAAGAUGUGGUUGAAAUUAUAUAUCAACCACAAGCAAUUUUUAAAGUUAGAGCAGUUACUCGAUGUACUGGGUCAUUGGAAGGUCAUAAAGAAGCUGUAAUAUCAGUUGCAUUUUCACCAGAUGGAUCUAAUUUAGCUAGUGGUUCUGGAGAUACUACAGUUAGAUUUUGGGAUAUUUAUACACAAACACCACACUUUACUUGUGAAGGUCAUAAACAUUGGGUUUUGUGUAUAUCAUGGUCUCCAUGUGGAAAAAAGCUUGUCUCUGCAUGUAAAAAUGGAACAAUCAUAUUAUGGGAUCCAAAAACAGGCAAACAAAUAGGAAAACCAAUGUCAGCUCACAAAAUGUGGGUUACAUCUUUAUGUUGGGAACCAUUUCAUCGAAAUCCAGAAUGUCAAUAUUUAGUUAGUGCUUCCAAAGAUGGUGACCUAAGAAUAUGGGAUACUGUAAGAUCCCAGACCAUUCGUACUCUUUCUGGUCAUACUAAAAGUGUAACAUGCGUCAAAUGGGGUGGAAGUGGUCUUAUUUAUUCUGCAUCUCAAGAUAGAACUAUUAAAGUGUGGAGAGCUGAAGAUGGAAUCCUAUGCAGGACCUUAAUGGGUCAUGCACAUUGGGUGAAUACAUUAGCCUUAAACGUAGACUAUGUGCUUAGGAUUGGACCUUUUCAUAUAGAAAAAAAGUCAGAUAAAACAGAGAAUAAAUUAAAACAUGCAAAAAUGCAAUACGAAUCUAUUAAUGAAGAAAUACUUGUAUCUGGUUCUGAUGACUUCACAUUAUUCCUUUGGAAGCCAGAAAAAGAAACAAAACCUAUUGCACGGAUGACUGGCCAUCAACAAUUAAUAAACGAUGUAAAAUUUUCACCUGAUGGUCGGAUAAUAGCAUCAGCUUCUUUUGACAAAUCUAUAAAAUUGUGGGAAUCUAAUACAGGAAAAUAUAUAGCUACAUUGAGAGGUCAUGUACAAGCUGUCUACUCAGUUGCAUGGAGUGCGGAUUCCCGUUUACUAGUUAGUAGUAGUGCAGAUUCUACAUUAAAAGUAUGGAGUAUGAAGACAAAGAAGCUUUGUCAAGAUCUACCUGGUCACGCAGAUGAAGUUUAUGCUGUAGAUUGGUCUCCAGAUGGAUUACGUGUUGCAUCUGGUGGAAAGGAUAAAGUUUUAAGAUUAUGGCAGAAUUAAAUGA